UGAGGAGGCGGCGGCCAUCUUGGGUCCGGGUGUGAAGCCAUCUGGCUUCCCCGCGACGCCCGGAGACUGGCGCGGCUGUUUUCCCUAGGGAGCCAUGUUGGAUGCGGGCAAGCCGAGCCCUCCCGCUGUGGCCAUCUUGAGGCGUGGCAGAGACGCGCCGUCGGGUUCGUGGGUGGAGGAAGGCGGUGUAUCAGAGUCUCCUGUUUAAUGCUGAAAGGCAAACUUACGGAAGAACUUGAAGUGGAAUACCUCUGCUUUGCCCUGGUAGGGAGGAAUGGGAAGCAGUAGUGUGCAAAACACGAAUGGAUGUGAAACUUGAGGGGCCGCACGCUUACGGGAGCCUUCUGCCUUGGGUUUGCCGCUAGAUGUCAGUGCAUGAAACGACUUCUUCACCGUGAGCAAGCCAAUGAAGUCGGGAGUCAGCCUGGAAGCAAAGCGGAUUCCUCAGGGCGCAGAAUUAAUAAAACUCCAGCUACAAGGCUCUCCACUGGAGGGUGAAUUCCCAUAAUCAGGUAUCGUCAGUCCAGCCCUGUGGACUAGAGUUAAAGAAAGGCUAGCCUAAUGAUUGAGCACUCCAAAUAUCCAGGGCAUCACUAUAUAGAUGUGAGGAUCCAGGACUGUUGUUUUUCCUACUUUCACAUCUUCUGAGGGGCUCCGGCAUGCAGACAUCUGAGUACAGCCAGCAUCUUCUGGCAUCAGGAGCAAGGUCAAGCCAGCUUGGCCUACAUCAGUGGGGUUUUUUCUUUUUUAAUUUUAGCAGAAAAAGAAUCCAGUCUGAGUUUUCCUGAAAGCAGAAGUUUUUCACUUAGUUACAGCUGAAUAUAGCCACACUUCCUGCUUCUCUCUCUCCCCUUGGGUCUCAUGGUAUGGUCUGAUUUAUUAAACAGCUGCAAUAAGUGUUGUGCCCCAGCAGGACCAAAGCAUCUUGAUAGGCCAGAUAUUUUUAUGCCAUCCUUGUCCUGAUCCUGCCAAAAUUGGUUAUUUUUUGGAUUCUCUUGUCUGCUUUUAGACUUGUGAUCUGCUCCUUUAAUACAUUCCUUCCAGUCUAGGCAGUGCUCUCCAACUGCCUGGCACUGAUGUUAAUGUCUUGCUUCCUAAUCAGUCAAGUUCAUUGCAUGCUUCCUUAAAGGAAAACUCUGCUCAUGUUGUUCAGCCCAAUGACACAACCUUUCACAGGUGUAAGAAGCAUUUGUUGCCAAGGAUGACACUGAUGUGGGAAGUGAAGGUGACACUCUAAUCCUUUUUGGCAUUUCUGAGCCUAUCCUGUGGGCAGUUUUUUUCCGUAAAACUGACUGUGGUAAUAUGGGCAAUGAGCAGCAGAGACUUUGCAGCUCAGUUUCUGGCUGCCAUGAAGAAUAGCUUGAUUGUAGUAAGAACUUUGGGAAUAUUAAGAACAGGUUAUAUUUGGGUAUAGCGGGGACAGAAUUUGGCUUUGAUUUGAUUAAACAGUGGUCCCAAAUCGGUGUUCUGUGCCUCAGGCAGUCACUUAGAGUAGUGGAGGUAGAGGGAUGCACAUUUAGGAUGUGCCUAAUGUUUAGGGCCAAAAUGAAAAGAAGAGGCAGGCAGCAAGCAAUUGGAGAAACCAAGAGUCACCUUGAACUAAAGAAUGGCAUAUGCUUGUAUGCUCAGCCAAAUGUUAAGAAACCAAGAAGCCUUGAGACAAGGAGCAGACAGGAUUGCGAUAAGACAAGAGGGAAGCUGGAUUUAGGUGGAAGUAAGAACCAGAACCAGACAAAAAAAAUUUGGAGAAUAACUACCCGCAGGUCGGUAUAUUGAGCAACACAGUUGCUGGGAUGGUCUGACUUACUCCAAUAUCAAACAUACCAUCAAUUUGGCUUCCUCUCUGUUUAGUCAGUUUUAUCUCUUCCUUAGUUUCCUAGGAGACUGACUACUACCAGAUUACCUCUCUGCUUGGUUUCUGGCCUUAAAGACUGUAGGAGCCAAAAAAAUACCAGACUGAAUGCAAAUUGCCAGUACAAAAUGGUUGGAGAAGGGUCAUCUAUCUCGAAGAAAUCUAUUAUGAGAUAGAUCAGCAACUCUUAUACCAGUUUGUAUUGGGGAAGAUGCUUGUCAGCUAGCGUCCCAUGUGCUGCUGCUACUGAAAAGACCUGCCGGCCCAGGCAGCCCCGUGUGCGGCGCACCUCUUCGUUAGACACCAUCGUGGGCUCGUACCUCUUGGGACAAUGGCCACGGGACGCUGACGGGGCUUCCACUUCGUGCAUGAAUGACAAAGCUACCCAGCCGUGUUUCUCGUCACUUCAGACUCCAGUGUCCUGGUAUGAAGCAGAAGUGGGGAAAGCCAGCUCCAGUACUCACAAGCGUUCUGCUUCUUGGGGUAGCACAGAUCACCGCAGAGAGAUUGCCAAACUGAAGCAACAGCUCCAGCGAACAAAGCUAAAUGGCAGAAGUGGCAAAGAAAAGGAGAAGAGCUCCCCACUCCAGGGGGACCAUGCUGUCCUUGGAUCGCUCAGGGACUCUCCUUCGGGAUUCCUUUCUCCAUCUCCCAUUUUGAGGCUCAGCCCCUGCUUGCACAGGAGCCUUGAGGGGCUAAACCAAGAACUGGAGGAAGUGUUUGUGAAAGAACAGGGAGACGAAGAGCUUUUGAGGAUCCUGGAUGUCCCAGAUGGCCACAGGGCGCCGGCACCAGCCCAGAGAGGCUCCGGAGACGCAUCCCUGACCCUGGAGCCCAGCAGUAGCAGCUGCAGCAGUCUCUCUCUUUCUCCGUCCCCUUCUGUGCCCCUCCGCCUUUCUCCGCACACCCCAGUGAGACUGGCGGCAGAAGAGCUCUCCUCUGCUGUGGAUGAGGUGCAGCCAGAUCCAAAGGAGAAAGAGGGUGGCAGCCCUUCUCCAGUCCUGGCCUUUGCUUCUUCUCCUCGGCCCAACCACAGCUACAUGUUUAAACGGGAACCUCCUGAGGGAUGUGAGAAAGUCCGGGCCUUUGAAGAAGCUUUAUCCCCCAGCCCCGAUCAGACUUUUCAGCCUUCCUGCCCAGAUAAGAACAAAGUGCACUUCAACCCCACCGGUUCUGCCUUCUGCCCGGUCAGCCUGGUGAAGCCUCUCUUCCCAAACGUGGGCUUCCUCUUCAGGGGAUUUCCUGCUUCUUCCAGCCCUGGCACGGGCUCGUUUACGUCCUGUCAGUCCUCGGCCCCCACCCCGUUCCUUGGGGUGCGGAAGGACCCCGCGGUAGAUGGCUUUAGUGAGGUGUCUAAAUCGCCUUCGCUGAACUACGAACACUGGAAGCGUGGCCAGCCGGAGGAGAGCGUCGUCUUCCACAGCUCCCUUGUGGUGUGAAGCCUUGGGGAGGCUGGCCGGCCUCAGCAUCGCGGGCUCCUCAGCGCAGCUUAGCCAGCCUGCGGAGACGAGUGCCUUGAGGUUGGGACGUGACAGCUAAGAGGCAGCCCCGGGGUGGAGAAGCGCAGCAGGCUUCCUCUGAGGGUGACAAACUGAAGUGCAGUGUGCCACAGGACUCCUCGCUGCUGGAGAGGCUUGUUUCUCCGAGCCUCCCCCGUUCAAAGCACUUUCCUGUGUUGAAAUGUCUUUGUUUCCUGUGUGAUUGUUUUGCUGGUGAAGAGCAGCGGGGCCCUGCUGCUGCGAGCAGAGGCAAACUCAGGCGCCCUGGCUCGGAAGGAGGUUGAGCUAAGGGAAUUCAGGUGGAGCUUCCCAGCGCUUCCCCCUGUGGCUGCCGGGCCUUGCUGAAUCCUGGGGAGUGGGAAGUGGGGAGAAGGGGCUUGUAGCAGAGCUGCUCUUGGAGAAGGCAGAGCCUGGGCAAGAUGCCUCUAGAAAACACGUAUUGGAGCAGAACUUGAUGUGUAUCUGCACUAUUAAGACAGAUCACUCAGACUGCGGAGCACUGGGAUGGUGGGGGGGGGCUGGGGAUCCCUGAUGGUGCCUCCUGGGGACAACUGACACCUCGAAGGGAGCCUGGAGCUCUGAGGAGCCUUGAGAAACCCCUGCCAGGUGUGGGAAAAUGCAGAUGACUAAACACAGGCCUGUGCAUCUCCAAGCAGCACACAGGGGCCCUGGGGGCUGGAAAGCUGCUCAUGUGCCUGGGGUGAGGGUGGCAUUUGCUGCUCUGCAGUGGCUUCCCUGCGGGUGGGCGAGGGUCUUCCCAGUGCCUCGGCCUCCCUGUGGGAAAAGGGGGUGGAAAUUAAGUGGGCAAUAACAAAGGUCCUGCUUGAGGGAGGCUGCUGCUAUAGAGAAACUACGUGCUGCUUUCCAGCCAUGGGCCUGGGCAGCAGGGCUGGGGGUGGGGGGGCAGGGUGCUGCUCUGCUGCACCUAGAGCAGUGAUGGCUGGGACCGUGCCUGGGCAGGAGUCCCUGAAACAUGCCAAAUCCAGCAGCACUGUCCCAAAACGAUGCCUUGGACAGCAAAGCGAUAACAUGGGAACAUUGAUUGCAAUGCCUCUUGACAACAAAAGUAUUUGAGUUGUGUUCUGUUGCAAAGGCUCGGGGUUGUACUGGAGGAGCCUGUUUUCUUGUAUCUGAUGUAGAAACUCUAUUUUCUUCCAAAGACACUAUUUUUGCAGCUGUUUGAAGUUUGUAUUUUAUGUAUGUAUUGCAGAGCUUAAAGGAGGAAUGUUAGCUUUGGAGUUCUUGUCUUGUGUUUAGAGGAGGGUGUUUUUUUGCAGAUCCUGAUAUUGCCAGUUAAAAGGAAAAAAGAAUAAAUAUUUCAGGCAUCCGGA